AUGUCUUCGUCUCAUUUAUUGCAUGUUUUUAAUUUUGUAAAUUAUAACUUUACUUCAGUCAAACUUCAACCAACCACAGCAGACAUCAUAAAAAUGGCUGCAACUGCAAACCGUCGCAAGCAGGACGAUAAAAAUUUAGAAAUUUUACGUGAACUUAUUUCUAUCAAUGGAAAUAAAUAUUGUCUAGACUGUAAUCAAAGAGGUCCCACUUACGUGAAUACUACAAUCGGAUCGUUUGUCUGUUCAAAAUGUUCGGGAAUGCUGCGUGGCCUUACGCCGCCACACCGCGUGAAAUCUAUUUCGAUGGCUACUUUCACCCCGGAGGAGAUUGAAUUGAUACGACAACGGGGAAACGAUUACUGCAGGCGAGUUUGGUUGGGCCUUUACGAGGGUGAAAGUGUGAACUUUACCGACGAACAGAGUGUUAGAGACUUUAUGUCGGACAAAUAUGAGAAGAAACGUUACUAUUUGGAGUCUGCGUCUUUACCUAACGCAGUGGUCACGAAUGGAAGCUCGUCUUUGAAAAAUAAAUCAAAAGUGAAGGCCGGAAGUGGCGGGUCUAACAACACUCCCUUGAUAUCAAUUUCGCCGCAGACGACUAAGGCCCCAGUUAACAACAAUACAAUCGUAAAUACCGCGAAAGUGGUGAACAAUUUGUUGUCGACGGUGAAUGAGUCAAGUAAAGUGGCGCGGCCCGUCAACAAUUUCUCGCAGCCACUGCUCGGUACCAUAAACACAGUCGUUGCGCAUGCGCCGGUGCCGCCGCCAGUACCUGAUUUCCCAGUAGAUUUCUCUACCGCUGACAUCUACAAUAGCAGUCAGUUUAACAACAACCUGACCAGCAACUUUACCUCUCAGCCGUCCAUGACAACCCCAGCAUUCAAUGCUUUCAGUCCUCCUACAUCUUCUACUAAUGAUCGCUAUGCUGCAUUAGCAGAAUUAGAUAAUGCUUUUAAGCAGCAAAAUAUGAAACAUAUGGAGGAGACAAGUAAUGUAAAUAAUAAGAAUCCAUUCCAAAGUCCAUCAGCCAAUGAUUUGUUUGCCAAUAAGAACCCAUUCUUCAAUGGAGGUUGGAGUGCACCAGCCCCACUGCCCGUCAAUCCUUUUAUGCCUACGACGAACAACGGAGGAUUUGUGAAUUCCAAAAACCCCUUCCUCUGAUGAGCCCUGCAGCACAAACUUACCUGUAAGCGAGAUAUCGUAAAUGAGUCAAAGAACAAAACUAACGUAACAAAAAGCACAAAUCGAGCUACAAAUUAUUAUUUAAAUAUGUAAAAUAGAUGAAAUAAUUUAUUAAUAUUUUCAUUUCGCGCGUCAAAUGUUAUCGACCUAUCAGUUUCUGAUAACUAGUGCUUAUUAGGGUUGUAAACUUAAGUGCCUCAGUCUGCCUUAAAAUUUGUCAAGAUUUACAAAUGAAAUAUUUCUCGUAGAUAUUUAAACUGUUUGCUAUAGUAUUUUUGAAUGUUGAAAGAUUGUUGAAUGUGGGUAUGAAGUGUAGGUAAAGAAUGCUGGUCCUAGUUUUAUUCUAAAUUAUUUUAUUUAUAGUUAGUGAAGAGUAGUUUCGGGUCAGUGUUACGUCUAAGUACCAUAUAUCCUGUAAAACGUAGCAUAUAUGACAGCGGGAUAGAAAUAUAGUAGAUCGUUUAGUGCGAAAGUGACGAGAGAUAAGUCUCUCGCACUAACGGCACACCCCAGACACUUAUAAAACACCUCGUUUUACAUAGACACUUCACAUUGACAUUAUGGUGCACGCAUCUAUGUGUGUGACGUCUGAUGCCAUACUAUUGAAGACUAAACUAACUCCGAGGGGGGAGGUAAACUUAGCUCAGCCGCUGGCGGGGAGCGGAGAGUUGCCGUUCUAUAUGUAGUAUUAUUCCUUAUUCUAUGCUAACGGUAUACAGUUUAGUACGAAAGAAACGAGAUACAAUGUCAUUCUCAUCAUGUUACGUUUUACAGAGUAUAACGGUAUAUACAUGUGUCGGUUAUGAAGAAAAACUAUAUUUCAACCAGUCUUCGAUUAAAAACGUCAUAUUUUUAAGCUAGUUGCUAGCCCCCAAUAUGUUAACUAGAGUGUGUUCUCAUUGUUUGUGAACACAAUUACGAGAUAAUCUCGCUGGGCUGAUACAAAAGAGUGCACAUUUUUAUUCAAUGUCGCGAGCGGUUUUAUUUUUAGUAGUUAUGGUGAGCCUGAGCAUCCGUUGCGGAAGCUUCCAAUCGACACUUGUGUUUGGACAGUCAUGAUCUGAUUGGGACACUAUCGAUGUUCGUGACGUCACCAAGUAUGCAGGUCCGGUGAGUCACGCCGGCUCUAGUAUGAAGUCAUCGCGCGAGUGGCCUUAUUCGAUAGUCAGGAGUGGGCUAAGGCAGCGUUUCCCAAACUACACUCGCUGUACCUUCUACGAACUUAAGAAAACUGUAAUUUUAAUCUUAUAAAGUCCGGUUUGGGAAACGCUGAACUAAGGUACAAAACGUUUACUGGUACGGUAUAUACAGUAGUAUACAGUAAACACUGAAUAAACGUAUUACUAGGUCGAUAGGAUUAACUUAGGGAAGUGGUAUUAUACUGGUUUCGUCAAAGCUUGCAGUUACUUGGCGGGAAUAAACGUAGGUGGAACUUGAGACGCUUUAUAGAGCCUUUAAAUUGCUAAAAUGUUGUAGGCUACAAACUAAUCAGGGGCUUUUGCAGGCUACGUUCUCCAGAACAAAUAUAGAUGGCGCUAUCCAAAUUUGCCUUAGUUCAAACUUCUAAUUUCAUGGAUCACAGACAUAUGCAUCUUUGUUUUUGAGUAUAAAUGAGGACCCUUGUUAUUACACCAAGGCACAACACAUCUUCCGCCCAUUAUUGUUGUGAUCAAAAUAAGGCCCUGCGCAGACGACAGACUAUCCGUGACGCACUUUUUAGUCUGUGAAAAUAUAACCUAUGCAAUUAUAUGCAGUAACGCGCCGGACUUUUUGCGCGUCGUGUGCGUAAUAUAGAGAACAACGUAAUUCUAUACAUAAUCAGAUUAAAAUAUCCAGCAAUAAUUAUUUUUUAUAUAAUAUGCCACUGACAUUAGAUUAUGUUUUUGAUUAAUUAUGUAGGUGCUCGCGCAAUGGGACAAUAGGUAAUUAUCACGUUUAAUCUGAGCAGCGCCAUAUAUAUAUAUUUUUGGGGAACAUAGCCUGGAAAUUCCAUUGAACUUUUACAAUUAAUUUUGAAUUUCAUGACCGUUUUUGUUACGUAUUUCUAUUAGUGUACAUAAUAUAAUAUAGCUUCAACGUACUGAAUGUUUUACUAUUCUUGUCAGCGAUGCACUUAACUUCAGAUCAAACUUAUGUACCUACAAUUGUUAUGUUUCCGUGUUUUAAUUACGUGCCUAUUGUAAAUCAAUAUAAUUAUUUUUAUUACAUUUAUGAAAUUGUGGGCAACUGUAAUGGAAACUGGUUGUAACAAUGUGAUAUUUUAGAUAUUAUAAUGUAAUACAUUUUUGAAGAUUUAUUACAAAUAUUUUAAAGGGAUAUCGCGCAACAUAUUCCGUCCAUUGUUUGUAGAAUAUGAUGGAAUAGAAGCAGCAACUUAAAGUAUGUUGCAGUAUAUAGUGACGUCCUAAAUAUGUCUCACGUGUCUGAAUAGACACGCACGCAGAGAUUCAGAGAAUCGACAACACCUAUACAUAUGUAGGAAUUGUAAAAUUUUAUUAAGAAUUGCACAUUUCAAGUCCUAGUUUCCAUUACAGUAAAACCAAAACCAAGCUCUCACUGCGUCAUCUGUGAUUAUAAUCAGUAAUAUUUUUGUACUCUCAUUGAGCUAACUUGAACAAUUUUUUAUUUUCUAAUUUUGUAAUGCACUCGACUAUUUAUUUAGUUUUAAUGUAAUUGUUUUUUACUAUUUGAGCACUGAGAUCUGUUAAUUUGUAUAAGUGGUGUAAAAUUUAACCACCAUUAAUUUUUUAAUAAAAUCUUGCGGUUGUUGCCAGA